CCAAGUUUAAAGCUAAAUUGAAUGAACCAACAUGCGUUUUAUCAACGCAGUAUUACAGAUCACUGUUCUAACAGUCUGCAUAGUACAAGGUUUCGGUGGUCCCUACAAUGAUCCGCAUUGUGCUCCUGGAAGGUCCGUCAUUGUUCAUUUGUUCGAAUGGAAGUGGACGGAUAUAAAAUUGGAAUGCGACCGAUUCCUUGGACCUAAAGGUUACUGUGGCGUACAGAUUUCACCGCCAAACGAAAAUGCAGUGAUAACUAACACGACGUUUAUUUUCGAUUGGGCGACUAGGCCUUGGUGGGAGAGAUAUCAACCAGUCAGCUAUAAUCUGGUCACAAGGAGUGGUGAUGCACAAGAAUUCAGGGAAAUGGUUGAAACUUGUAAUCAUGCUGGUGUAAGGAUAUACGUUGACGCCGUUAUAAACCAUAUGACAGCAAAUUUCUCGGGUGUUGGCACGGACGGAAGUUCCUUUGACGCUCAUGUGUGCAGCUAUCCCACUGUACCAUACACACAGGUUAACUGUAAUGGCCAGGAUGUUUGUGGUACAGACGAUGGCGUAAUUCAUGAUUAUAACAACGAGAAGGAAGCGAGAGAUUGCAGCCUGUUUGGAUUAGUGGAUCUAGCUCUAGGCACGGAUGAUGUUAGGAGAAAAAUUGCAUCAUAUUUGAAUACCCUGAUUGACAUUGGCGUUGCUGGUUUUCGUAUUGAUGCAGCGAAGCAUAUGUGGCCAGGUGAUCUUAGUGUGCUAUUUUCUAGGCUGAACGAUUUGAAGACGGAAUAUUUCGGUACCGGCAAGCGCUCUUUCAUUUACCAAGAGAUUAUUGAAUUUAAAACUUCGAAAGCGUUCAGUAAGCAAUAUGUCCAAACAGGCAGAGUGACAAACUUUCAGUAUGGAAUGGACAUGGCAGAAAUAUUUUUGCGUGACAAUCUCAAUUUGUCACAAUUCGUCCCGACAUUGGAGAGUUACCUCCCUUCGGAGGAUUCCUUGGUAUUCAUCAGCAACCAUGACAACCAGAGGACAAAUGGGUCCGAAGGCCCGGCAAUCUCGUUUUUCGAUGAGAAGGCGUACGUGCUGGCUACUGGUUUGAUGUUGGCCCAUCCAUAUGGUGUCCCGAGGGUAAUGUCGAGCUAUAGGUGGAACAGACACUUUGAAAAUGGCGAGGACAAAAACAACUGGCAAGGUCCACCACACAAUGCGGACAUGAGUACUGCUAAUGUUGUCAUAAAUGACGACUUAUCUUGUGCCGGGGAUUGGGUAUGUGAGCAUCGAUGGACCCCAAUAUUCAAGAUGGUUAACUUCAGGAAUGUUGUACAUGGGUCCCCUCUUCAGAAUUGGCAGAGCACGACGCCCAACCAGAUGGCAUUUUCAAGAGGCAACAGAGGGUUCUUUGCAAUUGUUUCUGACAACAGUAUACUUAAUGAAAAGCUAAACACUGGCUUGCCUGUCGGAACAUAUUGUGACGUCAUUUCCGGCGAUUACGUAAAUAGCGCGUGUACCGGAAAAACUAUCCAUGUUGACGCUACUGGCAGGGCCCAUGUUCACAUCAAUGGGAAUUCGGCAACUCCGAUGAUUGCAAUUCAUAUAGAUUCUUCACUCGCCCGUUAGUGUAAUAUACUUGGAAGGAAAAUGGGAGCGGGAUUUGAUGAACUAGAUGAAUUAAAACACGUUGAAAUAAAGCAAAAGUUAUCAUUGAAGUAUCUUUUUUUCAUUCAUAAUCAUUUUAA